AUGACCGAGAAGGGGUCUGGAUCCCCGAUGCCGACAGCCGCCGCAUCGAUCCCGCCACCGGCUCAGCCAGCUUCAUUGCCCAACACGAGACUGUACGCGCAGACAGCCGCUGCGGAACUUGUCCUCAGUAGUGCCAAAAUGGGCAGCGCCAAGAGUUGUCGGCCUGCAAAAAGGACCCAAAUAACUACCAACCCCGGGCCAGUAAUCCGACUUCUGAAAGCCUCAGUAUGA